AUGCUCCACUCCGGCACGACGCGCCCCACGGCGCCCGACGCUGCGGCCGACCCGACCACCUGUGCCAUGGUGGAUGGGCUACUUGGUGAGGCUCGCGCCGGAGGUGCUGAUGCGCCCACCGCCGCGGGACUUGUCAACCAGCUUGCCGCGAGUCGGUGUACUGACCCUGGACCUGGCUUGGUCCCGGCACUGCCGGGAUUCGCUCUGCCCGGGGAAAUCCCCCUGCCUGCACCCUGGCUCAGCCCGGCGGAGGCGGAUCGCAUCCAUGCGAGUCUGCAUGCAUCGACUGGACAACGCAAGCGCCAGUUGGAUAAGCCCUUGCCCCAGCUUGUGGAUGCCCUCUUUGCACAGCAUCUCCCCGAGGCCGAGGCACGCAUUGGCGAUGCCCUGCAGAAGGGGCAGCGCAUUCAGACCAUCCUGGAGGCUCCCUCCUUCGGGUCACUGUUGUCGCCCCAAAACCGCGAUGAGGAGGCCCUCGUCCGAAGCACCAUCACGUAG